GAAAGUGGCUCCAAGCUGUGAAAUGUCGCAGAAUAACCUGCUGCAAGGAUACAACUGGGAGACCCAGUACGAGGAUCCGCAGGUGCAAUUCACUCGUUCUAUUCCGGACGAGGUUAUCAGUGUUUACGAAGUUUACGUAAAGGAAGAGAACUCAGGACCUGAAAACCGAAACGACGUGACAGUCGUACCAAAUUUACAAUCCACAAAUGAUCACCAAUUAAUUCAAGGUGACUGCAUGAGCCUGGAUGUAGCGAUAGAUUCCGAAGUAAUUAAUAUCGACAACACCGUGGCGAAAUUUCUGAACAAAGAUGCGUUCAAAUACAAAAUCGUCGAUCAAAGUGUCAACACUACGGACAACGUUAUGGUGUACUCGGACCCCGUGGUUGAGCGGCCAUCUUCUUCCGCCACGCACCUCAUCGACAAAGAUGACCCCCGUUCCAAACUCCAUUUUGUCAAGUAUCUGAAACGGGACGGUAAAACGCUGAAAAUCUGGGAAUGUGGAAUUUGUUCCAAGGAGUUCCGGCAUCAGUACACGUUGAUGAGACACCUGCCAACGCACACCGACGAGAGGAACUUUAAAUGCGAGGCUUGUGGCAAAGCUUUCCGCCAAUUGUCGACACUGAGCCAACACAAAGCGAUACACAGCGACGCUAGGCCUUACGUCUGUGAAUUUUGCAAGAAGACUUUCAACAGAGUGUCCACGCUGAUAUCUCACCGCAAAACACACUCCGAACACAAGCCCCACAAGUGUCAAGUUUGCGGAAAAGGAUUUCAUCAAAAGGGCAAUUUGAGAAACCACGUGUUUACCCAUACGAACGAGAGGCCGUAUAAAUGCGAGCUUUGCGGCAAAGGCUUCAAUCAGAUGUCGAAUUUGGUCUGCCACAAGGUCAAAGCGCAUGCACACGCGGAGAAAAUGCAGUACGUGUGCGGAAUCUGCGGCAAAGAGUUCCCGCGUCGGUUCGCUUUGAGAUCGCACGAGGAGUACAAGCACGGCAUCAAAUAUCGACAUCCAACCACGCCGCAGCCGGGAAUCAACGAUCCGAACGUUAUAAGAAAUAAGAAUGUUAGGAUCGUGCAGCUGCCCAACGGGGAUCGUAAUCAGACCAUUGAUGUCAGAGACAAAGAUCCUCUUAUCUCGUCGGACAUGAUGGAAUCAGUAGUGAUCGACAAAAUCGACACAAAAGCAAUGGACAUGGCGCUCCUGGAGGGUCAAACGCCAUUCGCCCUCUUCAAACCCGCCAAAGGAAUUCCAGUUCUCGUCAAGAUCUCUCCUACAGGAACCCACAAAAACAUCCUGACACCCGCCACAGCGGAAGAUCUACGAAUGGCGGGCAAGAUGAGCCUAAGUCCAACCAUCACAUCCGACGCGGACCGGGUCAAAGCUGUCCAAGUGAAAGUACCCGUGGUAGCCACUGUCAUUCAGAACAUAGAUCCUGAUGGAAAGAUGAAUUUCAUCGUGGAACCGCCUGGACCAGAAAAUGAGCAUGAGAGUCUGGUCACGGCAUUGGAUUCUCAGUUCACGUACACCGAGCCCCAUAGGAACGAGCCAGAUCGUCAGAAUGGUCCUGUUGUGUCUACGUCGAUGGAGGAUUGCAACGAGUUGCUGGAACUGGCCGCCCAGGGUGGAAUACAAUUCGUGAGAGCCACCGAAGAUGGGCGUUAUGAGGUGAUGACAAACAGCGAGGCGAGAGAUCUGAUGGCGCAGAAUUCGCACGAUGUGACAAUUCUGGACGGCGAUGAAGCGGACGCGAUCAAUGUGGUGAAUAUGCGUGGCAACGGGGAAGUCAUCAUCGGGGAUUCCGAUAAUCAGAUCAUGGUACUCGAUUCCGGCACGACGCAGAAAUCCAUGUCGAUGGAUGGCAUCGAGAUCCUGGAGGACAAGGACAUCCGAAUCCUCGACAGCAAGAGCCUCGACGACCGCUUCGUGGACGGCAUUAGCUUCCUCUCGCAGUCCAAAAUCGAUGAUUUGAUUCUUGGCCCGAAACCGUUGACCAUUGAGAGCGGAGUCAACGUUGCUGAGGACGAGACUAUAGGAGUGCCAUCGAGCCAGCAAGAGUUAACAAACAUCCUCAGUCAUCGAAGCGACAUAUCGACUCUAUCGACAACGUCUCAUCACGCCAUAUCGUCUCUUUUAAUGAAGAAUCACACUCCAAUGUCGAUUUUAAAUGAUACGUUGCCAUACUUGAAGAGUAAUACAAGCUUGACUGAGGAUUUGAACAUCCUUAAUAGUUCUAGCAUGGAUGAUCAUCAUUCGGUGUAUGAUACUAAAAUGAAGUUACCGUCUGUGUUUGAUGAUAGUGAAGGGGAUGCUGGGUUGAUACCUAUUACUCAGUCGGAUAUGAAGAUUCUGGGGUCGAUCGCUUCGAAUCCGAAGGUCCUGGGCAGUAAACCGAAUUGUCUCUCGUCAUCGAAACUGUUUUCUGGUCUCGGCGAGGUGAAGAUUCUGGGUCCAAAGAACCAUAACCAAGAGCUGAUGGUGUCCCAGUAUCAAGAGUCGAAAUUACUUAGCCCGUACGAGCAGUUCUUGAAGAGCACCGCCUCGAACAUGAACGGCUGCGACACCAACGCCGUGAACGCUUCCGGUGGAUGCAGGAAGGAGGUAAAGAUCCUGGGCAAGAAGUUGGGAACAGGUAUUAUUACCAGCACGGUGGAGGGCAACGUUGUGGAAGUAGUCGAGGAGAAAACUAAGCUGUUAAUGGACGGCGUAGGAUCCCUCUGCAACAGCACAGACAGCACCGUGAUAUCGUCUCCUCGUUUAGAUCGACAGAUCCCGGAAAAUGGCGUGCCAGACAGUUUCUUGCUUCAAGCCUGUAGCCCGUGUGGUUCUGAUUUUCUGAAUUUCGAGAACCGUUUGAAGGACACUUCGCCGGCCGGCCAUUUUGAACGAACACAAAAGGAUUCCACAGACUUUAGCUCCACCGGACUGCCGGAUCUCGAUUGACGAAGCUUUUCCUCGAUUUAGUCGAAAAAACAGUUCAAAACUGCGGCUGUGAUUUAACGCGUUGAGUGCCGUGCGCCGA